UGCCUGAACCAGCGCUAGACCCUCGAAGUAGCUAGCGACAAGCGGAGGCCGCUCCAGGGCGGCCAAUCAGAUCAGGGGGGAGAUUUCCCUUUCUGUCCGAGCGAGCGAGAGGAGCGCCGGCUGACCCCUCUCUUCCUCCUGUGCGCUCAUUUGGCGCUUGCCCUGCGCUCCAAAACCUCCAACCAAUUUCCGCUGCCGCCCCUCCCCUCCUUCCCCUCCUCCUCCUCCCCGCACGCAGACCCAUCCAUCUUUAAAACGGCCACCCUCCCCGUGCCACCAUAGUUGGCCACCCAACCUCCCUCCUUCCCCCUCACUCCCUCCCACACGCAGCAGCAGGCAGCAGCGCAAUGGCAAAGCCCCGCAAGAACUCAGCCGCCGCCGCCGCCGCCGCCGCGGCAAACAGCAACGCCAUCGCCAGCGCGGCCGCCGACGCGGGGGCGGACGUGCGCGCCAAGCCCAAGAAGCGCACGCGGAAGAGCGUGCCCCGCGAGUCCCCCUCCCAGCGCAGCUCCGUCCACCGCGGCGUCACACGGCACCGGUGGACGGGGAGGUUCGAGGCGCACCUGUGGGACAAGAACAGCUGGAACGAGUCGCAGAACAAGAAGGGCAAGCAAGUUUACCUCGGGGCGUAUGACGAGGAGGAGGCCGCGGCCCGGGCGUACGACCUGGCGGCAUUGAAGUACUGGGGCCCCGACACCAUCCUCAACUUCCCGCUAUCUAUAUACGAAGAGGAAUUGAAAGAAAUGGAGGGACAGUCGAGGGAAGAGUAUAUUGGUUCACUCAGGAGGAAAAGCAGUGGGUUCUCACGAGGGGUCUCCAAGUACCGCGGAGUCGCAAGGCAUCAUCACAACGGGAGAUGGGAGGCCCGGAUCGGCCGUGUGUUCGGCAACAAGUACCUCUACCUCGGCACCUACGCGACGCAGGAGGAAGCGGCGAUGGCGUACGACAUGGCGGCGAUCGAGUACCGCGGCCUCAACGCGGUCACCAACUUCGACCUCAGCCGCUACAUCAAGUGGCUCCGCCCCGGGGCCGCCGACGUGGCGGGCGCCGCCGGCCGGAGCGCGCACCCGAUGCUGGCCAGCCUCGCGGCGCAGGAGCUCCCCGCGAUCGACCUCGACGCCAUGGCGUUCCAGCACGACCUCCACCAGCAGGGCAUGGAGGACGGCAUGGCCGCGGAGGCGGCGGCGGCCGCGGCGGGGGCGCAGUUCCCGCUGCUGCCGGCCAGGGCGGCCACGCUCGGCCACACCCCCACCACGUCCGCGCUCAGCCUGCUGCUGCAGUCGCCCAAGUUCAAGGAGAUGAUCGAGCGGACGUCGGCCGCCGAGAGCAGCACCACCACGUCCUCCUCGUCCAUGUCCACGCCGCCGCCGCCGCAGGCCACCAGGGACGACGGCGCCUCGCCGCAGUGCAGCUUCCCGGAGGACAUCCAGACCUUCUUCGGCAGCGACGACGGCGUGGCCUACACCGACGUCGACGGCCUCUUCUUCGGUGACCUGUCCGCCUACGCGUCCCCGGCGUUCCAUUUCGAGCUGGACUUGUGAUCGCGCCGGCGUACGUGGCCACUGGCCAGACUGAUACGCGCCAUUAAUUGGUUUCUUCCAAUGGGGAUGGGGGAUUUUGUCAAUAGGAUAAUCAGAUGGAGAAGAAACGAAGACAGAGCAAGAUAACAGAGAAUUGUUACAGUGCAGCUAGUGAGGACUGAGAAUUAUUUGAAGAUUAUUUAUUGUUUUUGUCCUUCUUUUGGUAUAAUCAGGGGUAUAGCGUAAGCAAGAGAGAUUGUUUCAUUUGUUUCAGGAUCCUUGACAGUCAAAAUAAGGAGCUAAUAUAUACGUAUAUUGAUUCACAUGAGUUCUUUAUUUA